AUGCUGAAAAGUCUGCUCUCGCUUGUGACACCAUCCAACAAGGACAAAAAGAAGAAAAGGUCAAUUGCUGGGCUUUCCAGCCAACCGCCGCAGCCGACGGAGACGUCGUUCUUUUCAGAAGCCGACGCGUCGACUCUGAAUGAAACCAACGUCACGAUUCCAAUAGGCGAAGGCCGUGAUGAUAUAUCGAUCGUCUCAACAUCUCGAAUGCUCGGAGACUUGCCAUUCAGCUUCGUCGAACGCAAAAACCGGGCGUCUUCUUUCGAUUUUUGUCUAUCAGAUGAUUCGCCGAAAGAUAUUGUAGUUCAUCGUCGAAGUCUCCAGCCAGCAACGCCAACACCGAAUCAGUCUGACGCAGAGCACUCCUUCAUUGAGAACAUUUUCGACUCACCGGGACAGCGAAACCGUUUACACUCGAUGAUCGGCGAGAAUAUCUAUGAAACAGGAAAUGGCUCCCCCCAAAAAAAUGCAUUUCUUAUCGAUUCAAAGGUUUAUGCAUCAGGGUCAACUACUGCUCUUGGAGCUUUUGGAGUUGCAACAUUCUUGAUAUCAAAGUUCAUCUCUCCGGAAGGAAUUUCAUGUGGAUUAAGUGCAGCAUCUGGAGCAGAGGGAGCAUCGAUUUUCACUAAUGUUGUUCCAGUUUCGCUAUUCACACCAUCAUUGUCACUUGAUUCAUCAAAAGCCACAGGAACUUCUCCUCCUAUAACAGAUGCUCCUUUAUCCUGGAAGUGUACCUCGGGUUUGACCUCAGUUUCAAUAACAGUAGGACGAGUAGUGGCGGAAGUUGACGUAGAUGCCGAUGUAGAUGUCGACGUGGAUGUAGAUGUGGAUGUGGAUGAAGGCGUUGAAGCACGUGUUGUAGUCGAUGUAACCGUUGAUGAUUUGAUGGUGCUUGCUGGAGUAGUAACACCUUGGGUAGAUUCAACUUUAGCAGUGGUAGAUCUCGAAGGAAUUCCAAAUGGAUCAAGGGCGGCAUCUGGAGCAAACGGAGCAAUAAUUUUAACAGUUGCCAACUGUGGUGGGCCGAGAGUGAAUGCAUGUCCUCCACGAACAACUGGAACUGGAGUAUUUGGAGGUGUUGGACUUCUAAUCCAGAAUGUUGUUCCUGUUGCUUUUGGUGGGUCAGCCUUCUUUGUUGUAGUCGUUGGAGUUGUCAAAAUCUGCUUCAACGUGGUAGUUGAAGUUGGUUUGACAGUGGUUGUAGUUGGUGCAUGA